CAACCAAGGAGCUUACGCGGAAAAACGUUUCCCUUUUUUUUCUCUCCUCACAACCGGCAUGUAAAUACAACUUUGUUGCGCUUUGCAUAGAUAACGCUAAUUUCGAUUUAAUGUUAAGUAUAGCUCAGUUAAAUGUGCCCGGAGAGCGCAGCACUGUAAGACCAGUGGGAAGUUUGCUAGCGAGUGGCUAAAGCGUGUGUCCUGAUAUGAAACUGGGUCUGAAUUGAUCUGCUAAGAUGCUGUCAACCACUGGUCCAGAGCUGCGGUCGUUGCGGAUGUUGUUCAUUCUUAUUUUGGUUUUACUUUUUCAAUUGAUCGACGGCAAGAGGGAUUUAAUUAGCGCCUGUACUACGUGCAAGCAAAUCUCCGAAAACUUUAACAAGGGCUUUGACAGAACGAUGAAGCAGAACUUUGGUGGAGGCAACACAGCCUGGGAGGAAAGAAAACUGUCUAAAUACGAGACAAGCGAGAUUCGUCUCAUGGAGAUCGUGGAGGGGUUGUGUGAAAGCAGCAGCUUUGAGUGCAACCGCAUGGUCGAGGAGCAUGAAGAGCAUUUUGAAACUUGGUGGUUCAAGAGGAAAACAAAACAUCCUGACCUGCAUAAGUGGUUUUGCAUUGAAACCAUUAAGGUGUGUUGUCCAAAGGGAACAUUUGGACCAGACUGUAAUGCCUGUGUCGGGGGCUCUGAGAGACCUUGUCAUGGAAAUGGAUUGUGUGACGGCGAGGGAACACGUGGAGGGAGCGGGAAGUGCAGCUGUAACCACGGCUACCAGGGGGAGUUCUGCCUAGACUGCAUUGAUGGCUACUUCAACGAAAUAAGGAAUGACACGUUUUCCCUGUGUUCAGAAUGUCACUCUUCAUGCAAGACCUGCACUGGAGCAACCAAUCAGGACUGUGAUGAGUGCAAAGAAGGUUGGGAGGAGGAUGACCAGGAAGCCUGUGUCGAUGUAAAUGAAUGCUUAAAAGAUCCUUCACCAUGUAAAGAAGAUCAAUACUGCCUCAACAAAGAAGGCUCCUACUCAUGCAAGGCCUGUGACACCGUGUGCUCUGGUUGCACUGGAGUGGGCCCUGAUAAGUGCCAGGCUUGUGCCAGUGGGUACCAAGACACAGAGGGCACCUGCACAGAUAUUGAUGAGUGCUCCCAGCCAGAGCCACCUUGCACGAAGGAGAACCAGGAAUGCGCCAAUACUAACGGCAGCUACAUGUGCAUAUGCUCCAGUGGCUUUGAGGAGCAUGAUGACGAGUGUGUCCAAACCCCGCAGCCAGAAAAAGCAGAGGAGUCUGAAGCGUCUGACAGUGAUCUACACAGGGAGCUGUAAUGUCAAACUUUGGACCAAGGGGAGCAAAUCAUGACAAAGUUUCAGAUUUUCUUCUUCUACUACAUGCACUUAAUGUACCAGCAACACCUGGAAAAGAUUGGAUCGUAGAUUAAAGGACAAACAGACAGACAUUUUUUGCUCUCAUUGGCAUUGUUUCUAUUCUCUGGUGUUUUUUGUUGCCUUUAUUUUUUUCAGUGGUUUUAAAAAAAUCAAGUGUUACAAUAAAGGUGAAAUGUAUUAAAUUAAACAUAAGCUGUCGUCAAAAUAAUAUAUUUUGUUGUACAACUGACUUUUGAGAAAAAAUGUAUUGCUUAAAUUCCCAAAGUUUUUUGUUGUAGUGAUCAUAGAUGGCCACAAGAUGUCACUUUAACCAAAUUACAACAAUAACCGCGAGGACUAAAGGGAGGGUUUGUUCUGCCAUUCGCCGGACAGCCAGCCAAUAAACGUAUCCUUCGCUUCCAUUGGCCAUGUAUUAACACGUGGCCCAGUUUCCUACACUCCCAUUGGCUCAGUACUUAAUUGUAAACCACGUAUUUAAAUUCAGUUGAACCACUUUACCCCUGUUUUCCAUGCAUAUCAAUGUAGGACUGUUUGACAUGGAAAUGAUUGGGAACCACUUUAAUCUCAUUUUCAACUUUACAUAAAUAAUAAGAUCUUCAAGCCCACAGCAGCACUUAAUCCUGUUCCUGUCACAAGCCCAUUUAUGAUGGGGGUCAUUGCAGUGGGUGUUGACAUGGCAGUGUUUGAGAUCCUCUGAUCUAAUGUAGCCUUUAUUAAAAUAGAAAAUGGCAACUGUAAACAGAA